AUGGAGCAGCUUCCUUUCGGUCGUCGAGAUCGCAGCGGCGGCUGCCGUCCUCACCUGGCCCCGGGGCCGCGAGCCGCUCCGCCCGCUACGGCCACGCGGCCGGUGUCGUCGUCGGGGAUUCCCGUGUCCGCGGCUUUUCUGAGGCCGCCUGGCCUGUUAGGGCGAUCCACGGCCAGCACAGGUCGAGGAGGAUGCGCUCCCGGCCCAGGGCUGGAUAGGGCGUUGGGGGCGGUGGGCUGCGGCUACCCGCGCACCCCGAAGUGCGCCCGCUGCCGCAACCACGGUGUGGUGUCGGCGCUCAAGGGCCACAAGCGCUUCUGUCGCUGGCGGGACUGUGCCUGUGCCAAGUGCACCCUGAUCGCCGAGAGGCAGCGCGUCAUGGCCGCGCAGGUGGCCUUGCGCAGGCAGCAGGCGCAGGAGGAGAGCGAGGCCCGCGGGCUGCACCCGCUGCUCUACCCGGGGCCGUCGGGGCCCGGGGCUGCGGCGUCCAGGGGCAGCGGCAGGACCGAGAGUUCUCAGGUUGUUCGCAGCCCUGCGGCUGUUCUGGGAGCCGGCGCCUCUAGGCAACCCGGGAACCGGCCAGUUCAGGCUUUCGAGGUUUUCCACCAAGAUUAUGCGGAGGGAAAGCAGGAACCAAAAGAGAGAAACUGUGAGUCAUGCCAGAGUAGACAUGAAGAAGCAAUCUCCCACACCAAUCGCCGUUCUCUGGGAACAUCUACGCGUGAUGGUACCAUGGAGAAAAAGGUCUUCGUGUCGAUUUCAGAACACUCAGACAAGCCCAACAUCAUCCUGUCUCCUUGCCCCACGGAGCAAUCAGGAGGAGAAGACAGUCCCAGGUCCUUCUCUUCCUCUGACCUGGAAUCGGGGAAUGAAACCGAAUGGGCCAGAGACGACCUUGCUACCAGAGGCAGCCUUUCCAUGGUGAGAACGAGACCACCACGGGACCCGCUCGGAAUCCUUAUCAGGAUUUUUCCAGGUUACCCGCCUAGCCGCCUAGAAGGCAUUCUGCAGUUCUGCAAGGGAGAUGUAGUCCAAGCUAUUGAGCAGAUCUUAAACGGGAAAGAACAUAAGGCAGACUGCAAGAACCAAGCGCACGCAGACUUGGAAAACGCAGCCUUUCAGAGAGCUUCAGAUCUUAGUCUUGCUGGCACUGGCAUUGGGAAUCUAAGUGAUAAAGUGGCGAUUUCUCCUCUUGAAGCCACGUCUGCUGCUUAUGGAGAUUCAAGGCUCCUCAGUUUCUCUCCUAGACUAGCGUUCAGCCCACUGCGCCUGGCGUACUCUUCUCCAGGAAGAGCGCUGUCUGGUAUUGUGUCGCCCUACCUAACGCCUGGACUGGUUCCAGCACUGCCUUUUCGGCCAGCUUUGGAGUACGUCUUCCCAGGCAUGACUAGGGAGCCUUCCCACCUUCCAAGAAAGCACUUAGUAACUGCUGGUAGACUGUAUUUCAGGCCCAACGAGGAACAUCUGUAACAGAUUCACUCUACCAUUCUGUAGUGUUUCUGGAACCACCGA